CGAAAAUGCAUUUAAUGGAUUAUUCUCUGUUGCUUGGCAUUCAUGAUAUAGAAUUAGAACAACAAUUGCAGAAAGAACGUGUUGCAUCCUCAUCACCGGUGGAUGAUGAGUGUCCGGCUGGACUUGUUGCAGAACUUCAUCAGCAACAAUUGUCCGAUUUAGACUCUGGGGGUGAACAAAUUUCACCUCCUGAGAGUCCAAUACAUUCAGCUGGAGCAUUUACAACAAAUUCAGGGGGGUUAAAUUUGGAUGAUGAAUUUUUUGGCAUUCCGUCAAGCGAAGAAUCUCCUCGUAAACUUGUCUACUUUAUUGGUUUAGUUGACAUUCUGACUUAUUAUGGUGUAAAAAAGCGAACAGAAUCUGCAGCAAAAACUGUUAAAUAUGGUUCAGGAGCAGAGAAUACUUCAACUGUUAAGCCUGAACAAGUUUUUUUAAUGAAAGAUUUUUUUAUCUAA